AUGACCACUGAUGUGGAAGCCGAGUGGCAGCUGUUUAAGAGAGGCCUACUCGAGGCUGCCGCCGAAUGCUACGGAUAUAAACGGGUUGGCCUACCGCCUGGAGGUCAGAAAAGAUCUGCAUGGUGGACACGAAAGAUACAACUGGCAGUUAAAGAGAAAAAGGCAGCGUUCAAGAAAUCGCUUCGAAGCAAAGUGUCUUCAAAUUGCAUGCGAUAUGUAGAAGCGCGCGUGGUGUUGGAGUGGAAUUUCCUCACGGCAAACAAAGUAUUCCGGCGGACCAUCUUCCGGCUCCGAGGUGGAAAGAAGGGCAGUCUCAGAGACUUGAAGGACAAGUCUGGAAACCCUCUCACCAAGGAUGAGGACUCUCUUCGGCGAUGGACAAAGUACUUCGAAGAACCUUUUAUCCAUGCGCAACCGCAGAAGGACUCGCAUGAAGAACAGCAGAGAACGAAUAUUUGUCUCUGUAGUGCCAAGUACGAGAAGCUGAACCCCGCUCGCAUGCCAAGCGAACGGCGGCAAAGUUUCCAGAUGAGUCACGCAACACCGCUAAGUAAGCAAGUGUCCAGCGACUGCGAGUCAAUGGCCAGUUACAUGACCGGACCGGACGAUGAUAAUGCGAGCAGUACACCGCCGGUUAUAUUAAGUCUGCUUAACUCGGACACCGAUGCGCCUGUGACUUACAAAGGCGGCGUACCUCAGGAUGACGACAACGAUUCUAACAAGUUGGUCAGCUUCCUCCCGCCGCUGCCUGCGCCACCGCCGACCCUUCCUACGCCAAGCAAAGCGAAGCUAUACCUAAAGCCACCGUCCUUGCAUAUUAGCAUCGAAAUCGAUGGUGAACAACGCCAGUAUCGCAACCAGGAACUCAGCACCAGUUUGCAGGUGUCGAGGUCAUUGGCGAACUUUGUCGACUGUUAUCAUCCAGUUAAUCGCGCGUCCCUCCUUCGCAAUCACCAACUGGAAAUUGCUGACAUUAGCGCCGAGUAUAUGCGUCUCAAUGGCGUGACACCUCAAUUCAAGGUAAGACUGUUGCUUCAGCAAACGAACCGAAUAUGAAA